AUGCAUAUCCUGGAAAUAGACGAAAUUGUUACACCCGACAAACUUAACUUCAACAAAACCGAUUGGUCAAAAUUCAAAAAUUACCUAGUAAAAACGGACGACACGAUGUUACCGAACAACAGAAACUUAACGAUAGACGAAAUAGACGAAUACAUUGACAAAUUCAGCAACCACAUUAACAACGCAAUCGACCAAGCAACACCACGAAUACCAAACAACCGAAACUCAGCCGACAAGUACGUAACUCCACACAUCAAAAGAUUGCGUCAACAAAAAAGCUACUUACUCACACAGAUAAACAGACUGACAAAACCAGAGAAUUACACACACGUAAACGAUACAUUAAUAGCAGCAUACAAAGACAUACUAAAAACAACCCGUAACGAACUAAAAAAAGCUUUCCACGAAUCAGUCAACAGUUUCUGGAAAAAGAAAAUAUCCGGUAUAUCCCCACGAAACUCCAGUAAAUUCUUCCCUACAAUUAACAGCAUAUUUCGACAUAGAAACUGCAACAACAUAGAAACCCUUAAAAUACCACUGACUAAUAUACACCUUUUCCAAAAAACCAACGUAAUCCCCAUCACUCAACAAACAGACACACAAAACAAUAUAAUAAUCACAGACACAGAACAAAAAUUAAAUGUACUGGGCACACACUUUGAAGCAGUUCACACACAAAACCAACACAUGGGCAAACAACAACUCACCAACAUCAUUAAACAUAAAAUUGCCACACUAGAACAUGAAAUACUCGAAGACAGAACUCACAAUAGAACGAUAUGUACAUUCAACAAUACCAAUACAGCAGACAACCCGGACGAAGACAAAACUGCCCCCGACUAUUUUACUUCCCACACUAAAAUAAUACGGACAUUAAAAAAACUGAACAACAAAAAAUCCUCCAGCUUCGACAACGUCCCUAACAUAGCCCUCAAAAACCUCCCACUCCACUAUUCAUAUAACUAUACAAUCAUAUUCAACAACUGCCUCAACUGCAUGUAUUUCCCCACCGCCUGGAAAACAGCAAAACUAAUUGCGAUAAAGAAAAAAGGAAAGGAUGGUAGUAAUCCAACUGACUACCGUCCAAUCAGUUUACUCGCAAACAUCAGUAAAGUAUUCGAAACAACAAUCAAUAACGCCAUAUGGAAGUACUGUGAUAAGAAUAGCGUUAUCCCAGAGACGCAAUUCGGAUUCAGGCACCAGCAUUCCACAACACACGCCAUCACUAAAUUCAUAUCAGAUAUCUGCUGGGCGAGGAACGCCGACGAAUGCGUCGGGGCGCUCUUCGUAGACCUCGAGAAAGCUUUCGACACGGUCUGGUGGGACGGCCUCUUUUUCAAAUUGUUAAAAAAGAGGUUCCCGCAACAUCUGACCAAAAUGAUCUGGAGCAUGCUUCAUGGAAAAGAAUUCAGAGUGGCGGAAAAAACAUACGCCUCCUCUGAAAUUUUUCAAAUUAAAAACGGACUCCAACAAGGCACGGUCAAUUCACCCAUCCUGUUUAGCAUAUUCAUAAGCGACUUACUGAACAUGUACGGACUCAACAACGACACCGACAAAUUUGCAAUAGCUUUUGCAGACGAUCUACUAAUAUACACUAAAGACAGUAAACCGUCAAACAUAAAAACACAACUACAAGACAUAUUCACAAAAAUUCAGGACUAUUUUCACACCUGGAGGCUGAAGAUUAACACAGACAAAUGUGAAACAAUACUGUUCAGACCGUACAUAUCUAAAAUCUCGAACGCAAACGCAGACGUACGCAGACAUACAAAACACUUCCACCUACAUGACACACGCAACCCACAGACUAAACUUCAAAACAGAAACACUGUUCGCUACUUAGGAGUACACAUAGACUACAAACUAAACUAUUACAAUCACAUCAAUACACAAAUUGAAAAAGCACAAAAAGCAUUUGCUAGCCACAAACGACUGUUUUACUGCAAAGACCUGAACACACACACAAAAAUAAUUUGCUACAAAACACUAAUUAGACCCAUUUUGACAUACGCAUGCCCCACGUGGUUCAACAUCUCUGCAAGCACGAUGGAAAAAAUUAGAAUAUUUGAACGCAAAUGCCUCAGAGCUUGCAUAGGUAAAUACAGGACACCUGAAUCAAAUUACACUAAACUAAUCAGUAACCACAAACUAUACGAACUCGCCAACAUCAUUAGAAUAGAUCUUCAUAUACUAAAACUUAUCAGAAACCACUGGGCAAACAUUAGAAGCGUGAAAAGCAAUAGUUUAAUAAAUAGCUCCAUAUAUCCCAAUACACAAUACCACGAAAAAACACGACACACCGGCUACAUCCCACCCGAAGCAUUUAUUCAUCUAGACAGCGAAGGAUACAUACAGGACAAAGACAACACACCACUUAUUUACCAUACCACACGGAAAGCAGACGACAAAAAAAUUCUGUAUUCAACAGACAUACAAGACAACGACAUAAACACAAGACUUAGUUGUAAACUCUCAAAAAUCGACAAAACAGACGCACACCGCCGCAACACAAAAAGAUAUUGGUGGUUACUACAUUAA